AUGAUGGACGACCUGGAGGCCGAUUGGGCGGCCCUGAUAGACAUGGAGGAUGAAGUGGUGAAGGAAAUUCGCGCUCUCAACGCAGAGAACUGUGAGGAGAUCGCACCAGAUAGGGCGCGUUGGCGCCAACUAGUAUCGCAGGCUAAGACACACUUCGGGUCGCAGAGCCAGCGGAAUGUAGGUAACUCUUACACUCGACGGCGCAAUUACGACGCGUGCCCCAAAAAUCGCAAGCCGUUACAGUCCCAAUGCGUUUGCGAUAACGAC